CAGAACAUCACUCGACAAUCAUACCACCACGCAAUGAUUGUACGGCAGCUUUGCUUGCGGCAGAGCCGCAAUGCCGCCUUCGUUAUCCAGACACCUCGCAGACUCGCCCGGUUUUCGUCGAUCGACACACCGACAACAACAACUACAACUGCUACAACGUUAGAGCCUCUGGUGCAGGAUGAACUUCGUGAUCCGAUAGAAAAUAUUGCAUCCAAUGAAGCAACAAGCCUGGAGUCGAGCGAGACUGCUGGCUCCCAUCACAAGAAUUUCUGGAAAGGUGUUAAGCAAUAUCAAAAAUUAAAAAACAUCGGCACCACAAUUUCCGGGGCAUACAAACCAGAAAGCCUCCUGAAAAACCCGCCCAAGGCCUCCGACAUCACCCUCGAGAUGCUCCUCGCCGCGCAAUCUCACCUCGGACACACGACAUCACGCUGGAACCCACAGAACACGCGGUACAUUUUCGGCGUCCGUGAAGGCAUCCACAUCAUCUCGCUCGACGUCACAGCGGCACAUCUGCGCCGCGCCGCCAAGGUCGUCCAAGAGGUGGCCCGACGCGGCGGCAUCAUUUUGUUUGUUGGCACGCGUGACGGCCAGAAACGAAGCGUCGUCCGCGCGGCCGAGCUCGCCAAGGGAUACCAUGUUUUCGAGCGCUGGAUCCCGGGCAGUCUGACCAACAGCCAGCAGAUUUUGGGCGAGUGUGCGGUCAAAGUCGUCAAUGCGGUGGAUGAGGAGCUGCCCCAUUACACUAAGCGCAUUGCCCUGCCUAGAGCAUUGAAGCCGGAUUUGGUGGUCUGCUUUAACCCCGUGGAGAAUGAUGUGUUGCUGCAUGAGUGUGGGCUGAACAAUAUCCCUACCAUCGGCAUCAUCGACACAGACGCUGAUCCGACCCGAGUUACAUAUCCCAUCCCGGCAAACGACGACAGCAUAUCGUGUCUGGAAGUCAUUGCCGGCGUGCUAGGUAAGGCUGGUGAAGAAGGCCAAAGGCAGAGAUUAAACGACGCAGCUCGCGGUGUUUUGACGUACGAGCCUCUUAAAGAAGAGCAGUAUUUUAAGCAAGCCGAGCCUGAUGCUUGAACAUUGUUUUGUUGUAUUUAAUGUACUAUUAUUAUUUAUUCUGUACUCAAAUCUAUGCCUAUACUUCCAAUCCACCCAGAACAUAC